AUGCACCAGUUCACAAAAUCAUUUUUCUCUUCAAAAUUAAACAGCAAAAUCCCUUACAUAAAUCAAUUUAAAUCAAAUCAUUUAAUAAACGAAUCAUCUACUUCUCAACUAUCUUCUGAAACGUCUACCAGUCUUACAUGUAAAAAAUCUAGGGAAUCAUUUGACAAUAAUAAUAAAACAUUUGAAUCAAAUUCUUAUAAUAAGCAUCAUACUAUAAAAAACGCGUCUCAAGAUAUAACUCCUUCAUCUCAGCUUUUAGAUUCAUUUAGUACACAAGAGUCUUCAUUAGCCUUAUCAGUAGGCCCACCUAAAGGCCGCUUAAUUAUAAAGAUAAUCCAAGCAAAAAAUUUAAAAGUGAAAAACACGAAUGCAGAACCUUAUGUUGUUUGCACAUUUGAAAGGAAUGAAUACAUAUCUCAAGGGCCUAUCAUGGAACAUAAUGAAUCAAUACGCGGAAUAGCUAUUCCAAAAUCCCAAAAUUCAUCAUCAGCAUCUCUCUAUAAUAUGUAUAGAAAUAACAUAGAAAGUAAAAAUAACAAUUUUUUAAAUGUUCCAUGUACCGCUAAUAAUCCUUUUUGGAUGCACCAAGUUAUAUUUGAUGUUAUUGAUUUAAAAAGUAGUAUUGACAUAAAUGUUUAUGAUAGGAAAAAUCAAGAAUGUUUUCUAGGACAUGUACAUGUUAAACCUAUUUUUAUACAUAAAAAAGUAACAAAACAUUGGUAUAAGCUUGAUAUUCCUCAAAAAGAAAAUGAAAGUAUAGCAGAAAUUCAUUUAGAAAUGAUGUAUGAACAACUUGAUAAGCGGCAUUAUGGUCCUGAUGAUUUUGAAAUACUAAAACUCAUUGGAAAAGGUACUUUUGGUCAAGUCUAUCAAGUAAGGAAAAUAGACAACAAUAGAAUUUAUGCCAUGAAAGUUCUAUCUAAAAAAGUAAUAGUUCAGAAAAAAGAAAUUAUGCACACUAUUGGUGAGCGAGAUAUAUUAGUGCGAACUACUAUUUCAGACUCUCCUUUCAUAAUUGGUCUUAAAUUUUCCUUCCAAACACCUACAGAUUUAUAUCUAGUUACUAAUUAUAUGAGUGGAGGAGAACUGUUUUGGCAUCUUCAAAAAGAAGGAAGAUUUUCAGAACCUAGAGCUAAAUUUUAUAUAGCAGAACUAAUUCUUGCACUGGAAUAUUUACAUAGCCAUGACAUAAUAUAUAGGGAUCUUAAGCCUGAAAAUAUAUUACUUGAUGCUAAUGGUCAUAUCUCUUUAUGUGAUUUUGGAUUAUCAAAAGCAAAUCUGUCCUCUAAUUCUACAACAAAUACUUUUUGCGGAACUACGGAAUAUUUAGCACCUGAAGUUCUUUUAGAUGAUUCUGGAUAUACUAAAUCGGUAGACUUUUGGUCUCUUGGAGUUCUUGUCUUUGAAAUGUGUUGUGGCUGGAGUCCAUUUUAUUCAGAAGAUACACAACAAAUGUAUAAAAAUAUUGCAUUUGGAAAGGUACGUUUUCCUAAAGAUGCAUUAAGUCUUGAAGGAAGAAAUUUUGUAAAAGAGCUUUUAAUUAGGAAUCCAAAACUCAGACUUGGUGCUACUAGAGAUGCAUUAGAGCUUCGAGAGCAUAAUUUUUUUCGUGAUACAGACUGGGAUGCACUGCUAAAAAAAAAAAUUCCACCGCCAUUUAAACCUAUAAUCUCAGGAGAACACGAUGUUAGUAAUUUUGAUUUAGAAUUCACUUCUGCUCCAAUACAAAAGCCUGAAAAUAAUAUUCAUGCAUCUACGCCUUUGAGUUCAACUUUGCAGGCUAAUUUUAAAGGAUUUACAUUUGUGGAUGAAAGUUCAUUUGACGAUCAUUUCGAAGACAGGAAGUUUUACGAGCAAUCAAUCAUAAUUGAUGAUGAAGACCAAAGUUCAGGUCAUUGCAGUAUGGAUGAUAGUGAAGAUUACUAUAAAUAUUAUGAUCAUAUAAACAAUAAUCAAAAAAAUAACGACAAAACAAUAAAUAUUAUGCAAACAGAAGAUGGAAUUUUUCAGGGUAAUUUUGAUUAA